CCUUUGAACCUCCCGCCGAUGACGUCACCCCAGUCCCACGUGGUGCAUCCUGGGAACCAGACACCGCCAUCUUGUUUGUGUUGGCGAAGACAGAAAAAGACAGAGAAAAUCUUUUACGACAUAUUUGCGAUCUACCGACAGCCAAGAUGCCGGAAAGAGAAGGAGAGCUGGCGUUCUCCAACCCCCUCCCCCCGGAGGCGAUGGAGGACGACGGGGACCACGAUCACGAGCCGGCGCUGACCAAUGAGGACUUCCGACGGCUGCUGAUGACCCCCCGCGAUGCUCCGAACUCCGCCCCUCCAUCCUCCUCCAGUAGUACUGCUGUCAGACAGGACAGGGACUUGGGUGACCAGUACAAUGAGGACAUGGAUCCCAACGAGCGGCGUAGGAGGAAGAAGCGUUACUAUGCCAACCUGAAGAAACAAGAGGAGGACAAACUGGCCGAACUGGCCCAGAAGUACAGAGACAGGGCAAAGGAGCGUAGAGAAGGCACGAACAAAGAUUAUGAAGAGACAGAGAUGGUCAGUACCACCACUAACUAUAGGGCAGUGGCUCCCAAUGCACAGCCGGUUGACACUGCUGAGCGCCGACGUCAGUUGAUCCAGGAGUCUAAGUUCUUGGGAGGAGACAUGGAACAUACUCACUUGGUGAAGGGGCUGGAUUAUGCCCUGCUGCAGAAGGUUCGCAGUGAAAUAGCAACAAAGGAGCGUGAGGAUGAUGACUUGGACACUAUUGUGAUGGAAAAGAAGCAGGAAGAAGAAGAGGAGGAGAUGGAGUUCAAGACCAGGAUGGCACGCAGCGUGUACCGUACCCUGUUCAAGAUCAAACCCCCCGAGCGGAAUGAGCUGUUCCUGCCGGGACGGAUGGCGUACGUGAUCGACUUAGAAGACGAGUAUACGGACACGGACGUGCCGACAACACUUAUCCGGAGUAAGGCAGACUGUCCUAGUCUGGAGUCCCAGACCACCCUGACGACCAAUGACAUUGUUAUCAACAAGCUGACUCAGAUCCUGUCCUACCUCAGACAGGGAGUCAGGGGCAAGAAACUCAAGAAGAAGGACAAAGGAAAGGGAAGAGAAGAGAAGCCCCACAGACUGCCUGGUGGUGAUGACAUCUUCGGUGAUGUGGGAGAUUAUAUCCCCCAGGUGCACAAGUCUAAGGACAGGCACUCACACAGCCACUCUCAUGACAAGAAACGCUCCAGCUACUUCGAGAAACCAAGGACAGAGGAUGAGCCUUCUCUUAUGGAUGUCAAGCCUCCAUCAUCAGCCAAAGAGAUGGUCAAAAACAUCAAUGAGAAGUUCAGAGAUAAGGCUGAUAAGAUGGACUGGAGUGAGUCCAUGGUCCAUGCAGAACAGGAGCACCAGAAACGGGAACGAAAGAAAAAGAUGGAUAUGGCCUUCCAGCCGGACAGUUAUGCAGAAUGCUAUCCAGGAAUGGGAGAGAUCCUGGGUGGUGAUGACAGUGAUGAUGAAGUGGACUAUACCAAGAUGGACCAGGGGAACAAAAAGGGGCCCAUCGGACGGUGGGACUUCGACACCCAGGAGGAGUAUAGCGAGUACAUGAGCAACAAGGAAGCACUGCCAAAAGCGGCGUUCCAGUACGGUAUCAAGAUGGCGGACGGGCGGAAGACCAGGAGAGCUGGCCCGAAAGACGAGAUGAAGGAACUCGACCGCGAGUGGAAGAAAAUCCAAAAUAUCAUAGAAAAGAGGAAGACAAAAUCUGGAGGUGGGGCGUCAUCAUCAGCUUCCAGGGAUGAUGGACCAGACUACAAAAGACCCCGAUAUUGAGGCCGAGACUACUUUACAGACCACAUCGGUAUCUUGCAUCAUGAAGACUACAUUGGUCACCUGGCUGAAAAAAAGCAACACCUCAACCAUUAAAUCGAAAUGAAAAAUUUCUAACCAUUGUCUGCAAAGAGUUGCAUCAAGUAUGCUGUUGUAAGACUAUAUGGUAUAUAGCUGGUCAAUACUAUUGAUAUUAUAGCAAAUCUGACACCUAUACAGUAUGUACACAUGUACAUUAUUUCCUAUUUCACAUGUAUAUGUAAUGAUAAUUCUUGUUGGCACUUGUUUUCUUCAAUAUCACUGACUUGGCUUUUAUGGUGACUUUGAAACAAACAGUAUUGACAGCUACUGGAAGAUAAAGUGCCAAUUAUGUUAUGAACAACAUACAAGAUUUGUAAGAAUCCAAAUAACAUGUUCCUUAGGUUUAACAUAUAGUACAAUGACAAUGUAAGUUAAACAUGUUACACCGUUUCUUUUCAGCCACUUUGUCAGAUUUCUGUGCACUUACUUGUAAAUCACAAUAAAGGACUGACACAAGUCUUGUAUAACACUG